GCUCAAUAUUGUCAAUGUCAGUGUCAACUGUUAGGUUUAAUUAAUAUAUAGCUGUUUAUUGAUAAAAAGUUGUAAAUAAAUGAUUGAAUCUUUGUUUUGAAGGAUUAAAUCUUCAUAUAAAGACCGCCGACUUUAGAGAUUUUGUUUCAAACUCUAACUCUCAAUCAUAAUGGAAAAUGAAAACCAAGACGGCCCAUUUACUGUGUGGCAAAUGUUUAAUGCCCCUACCAUGGUGCUGUUUAAUAACUUGGAUCACGCCGUUGACGGUCUUGAGCGAUUAUUAACAUCUAUAUUAAAGUUAUCUGGUGACUUCUCUGAAGUUCUUGUCCCUAGAGUGGGAUCAUCAAAAUAUCCAGAUUCAUACUACAGUGCCUUUAACACAUGGUUGUUGGGACGACUGCUCUAUGUAUGGUCAGUCGAAAAACUAGAUAGAAUUCAUGAGGCAAGUAAAGAUGCACAAUUGAAAAUACUUAAUAUUUUAUGUGUUAAUAAUGCAUCUUUUUAUGACAAACUCCAUUCAGAAUAUAUAUCAGUACUGCAUAAACUAGUAGAAUAUUAUAAAGAAAGUGUUAGUAAUAAUCAUGAAUAUGCAACAUUAGAGAACUUUACUCCAGAAAAUGUGGUUAUACCAAAUGUACAGCUAAACUUAGAACCGAUUUACGUAAAAAUCCAAGAUCUAAAGACCUGUAAGGUUAUGAUUGAUUUAACACUUCAACUUUUAUCAGAAACAAUAGCAAUAGAUGCUUUGAAAAUUCACCAGAAAGCAAAAGAGCAUGAAAAACUUUUCCAUUUAGCAUUGUACAUUCUUCAACACUGUGAUGCUGAUCUCAAAUUGGUAUCUUUAAAUUUUUUUUCAAUCAUAAUUGUGAACUUUGAUCAAUAUGGAAUUGACAAGUUUAAAAACAGUUUCCCCUGCAUAUAUCAAGAACUUGUGCUGUUAUUAGAAACAAUGGUGCAAUCUAUGAAUGUGUUUCAUGAAAAAAGGGAGGUUGAUACAAAUUAUUUGAUGAAAUUUUGUAAACUUUUAUCUAAUUUUAUAGUAAAUAUACAGGAUAAACUUGUUAAGGAACAUGAGCAAGUUUUACUUAAUAUUUGCACAAUUAUUUUAAGUUCAAGGAGUUGCAAAUUAUAUACUGCAGAAUUAAGGAAACAGUGUCUAAGGUUAAGUAAAACAUUGCAAUUCACAGAAGAUAUACUGGGUCUUGAAAACAUGACUUCAAGUGAGAUUGAAGCAGUUACAGAAUAUUAUUGUGAAAACAUACUGUCUUGUAUUCAAAAUGAACAACACACUUUUGAGAAUAACUGGUGCUACCAACAAACAUUAUGUGUAAUAAAAUCACUGAAAUGUGUUGAAGACAGUAAUAUUAAUCUAUUUUUGAUUAAUCACCAUAUCAAAAGGGCUUUGUCUGCUCUAAAUAUAUUACAAUGUGUCUACAUAAAAGCAAAGAUAUUAGAUGUAACAGAAAACUCAAGUCCGUUAACUAUUAUAGAUCAACAGAUUACAACUUUGAUGUUGAAUUCAUUAUUCAAAUUAAUACAAGUCAAUAAAGAUCUGGUACUUAAUGACACCAAUUGUCUUCAGUCAGUUCUGGAUUUGCUGUUUUGUAUCAUAGUUAUUGAUGAUAACAUGCAUAGAAGUGUGUGUACUAAAGUGUUACAAUUUAUGUGUUUUCAAAACAAACCUCACUUCAUGGAAAAUGAGCUUGGGUACAAUGAUAAUGUUAAAUCAUUGAUUUUACAAUACUUAUUAGCUACAAAAAUUGUAUUGAAAGUAAAAUUUGACAACUUAUAUAACAAAUUUAUUGCUUACUUGUUAGAUUCCUUGAUAAGUAACAAAACAGCCAAUUUUGAGACAGUAAUACAUUUAUGCCCCUUACUUGUAGCUUCAAAAACUUAUUCUGCAAGUAAACUUUUAGGUGGUAUUUUAAUUCAAGCCUUUGUAUCUAAGUUUGCUAACAUACAAAAAGAAGUAAUGGAAGUUGUGCCAGCUAUUGGUUGUAUGUGCCUGAGUUCCUACAUGAUAUCACUUCAACCAGCUAGAUUAAAAUUUGGGCAGAAAAUAUUCAAAAGUAAUGACAUAGUUAUGUCAGUAAUAUGCCCCAAAUGCCAUAAUUUAGAAUGGAAGAAAUUAAAUGCUGAACAGUUUUACACUGAAAUGCAAAAGAAGAAUUACGAGGUGUAUACAGAAAAAAUGAUACUGUCACCCAAUAAACAAUCAAUAAUUGUUGGCCUUAGAACUCUAUUUGUGAAGUUUUUAAAUCACAAACACUUAACAAAUAUCAAUGAUAGUGGAUAUUGGGAUGUUUUGAACAGACUUUGCCUCCAUUUCUAUGUGUUUAAAUUUGGUGUUUCUAAUGAAAUUAUUCAAGAAGAGAAUAUUGAACAUAUUUUAAGAGCCCUAACACCCUAUGUGGAUGCAAGUGAAGAAGACUCUGAUUGGGCCUCUAACAAAGAAACAGCAGUAAAUGUAUGCAUCACAAUAUUAGUGAGGUGCACAAAAUCAAGUCUGGAAAGUAAUGAUGUCAGUCAACAGACCCACACAUUAAACUUGAUCAAACAGUUUGGAAUGUGCGACAAUGAAAAAAUAGUAUUACCCACAACUAAACUAUUGGUCUAUUUCAUUAUGCAUCCCUUUGGCUGCCUGGGACCUAAAGCAGUGGUGUUUCUACGAGAUGUCUGUGAGAGACACGGAUUCACUCCGAAUCAAGUGUACCACAGAUACAAAAAGGACUACUGCAAACUCUUUGUGGAAUGUAGUUUAUACAAUGGCAACGAGUUCGCAAUAUCCCUCCUCAAAGUUGUAAGAGCGUUUGGAUUUGUAGGAUAUAGAGAUUUUAUUUCGAAAGAUGUGCAUCAUUUCCUCCCGUACUUAAUACCUUUCGCGGUGACGAUAAAUGAGGUACCAUCAAUGAUUGAAGAGAUAGCAUCACUGGUCCAGUGUUCAGUUUCAGAUUUCUUGAUCGAAAGAUUCCCUCACAUUUACGUACACGUUUAUUUGAAUGAGACCAACGAAGUCUCGACGAAAUGUUAUGCAAUUAUCGAGAAGCUGACGAAGAUGUCCAUAUCGAAUUUGAUUAAUCGGCAUUUUAGAGUAAUAUUAACAGAAUUCUUGCUGCAAUAUUGCUGUAAUCCUGAGAAAGUUUUGAAUGCGUGUAGGUACCUAGCGUGUCAUGAUCCAGACGUCUCCACACCUAACGGCAGUAGUAACAUGAGUACGGCGCAGAUAGCUGAUUUUCUGAAUCCAAAGUUUUUGGGCGUUCUAGCAUAUUUUGAUCACAAAUUGGUAAACGCAAAAGUUGCUUUAUCAGUGAAAAGAAAAGCGUUGAAAAGCUUGCCUGAUAUAAUACAGUUGAUGGGGGUGAAAUAUCUGACGCCGCUGCGGUACAAAGUACUCGCGACGCUGAGAUCCGCGCUGCCGCUUGCCAAAGAGUUCCCCAAGAUACUAGCGGAAGCAUGGAGCGCGUUCAUACACCACAUAGAUAGCAUGCACCUGGGACCCUUACUAUCCAGCCUGGCCGUCUCAUUACUUCAACAAUUUGACUACGCUCCGCAAGAAAUUAACAAGAUAUUCCAAUAUUUAGUGAUCAGCAAUGAAAAUCUUUUAAGUUCUCACAUUUCCGAUUUGUUUUUUCUGGAAGAUACCAAAAUAUCGCCAAAAAUAAAAUUGGUCAUAAGUAAUCAUGUGAAAAGAACACAACCGGAGGGAUUUUUGGAUAAGAUUAAAUGGUACUUGCAACAUCUUAACCAUGAUAUACCUACGAUUAAAGUGUAUGCCUUUAAUCAUCUCAACAAGUUACUGAAAAACAACAGAACUGAUAUACACAAAGGGAUAUUUGGAGGAAAGACUAUCGAUAACAUAGUUGUGAAGCUUAUAGAUUCGCUUCUGCUCGGUUGCAAAGAUAAUGAUCCAUUGGUAAGCGCCGCAAGUGGGGCCUGUUUGGGCCAAUUAGGCGCAAUAGAAGCGGGCCAUUUGCCGCGACAGUACGUCCAGUCAAACAAAUCCGUGUUCGCUUUUUCUAUAGACGAAGACUGUUUCGCUACAACAGCACUGAUUGAGCUUACGCGAGCGUUUCAAUACGAAAAAGAUACUAUGAAUAUGGACUGUUAUGCUUUGACUAUACAAGAGAUAUUGAAGAUCUAUGAAAUAUCACCUAAUGGAAGGAAAAAAGAAGUAUGGGACAGUUUUCCAGAGCACAUGCAUCAGAUUAUGUUCCCGCUGCUUAGUUCCAGGUAUACGCUCGCGUAUCCAUCUCAACCGAAAAAGGCACACCCUCUAUUCGGAUCGAGUUACGCCACCACGUUUUUGGAAUGGGCUCACAAUUGGGCGGGGCAGCUGAUCCCGCUGAUAGAGGCGGAGAGCGUGCGCUCGCUGCUGCGCGUGGUGCAGCCGAGCAUGCGGCGCGACGCGCGGACGCUGUUCCUGUUCCUGCCCUACGUGCUGCUGCACGCCGUCAUGUGCAGCGCCCACGUGCAGUACGUGCAGGACGAGAUGAUGGCAGUCAUAGGAUUGCAAAAUAUGGAUAAUGAAAUAGCCUCGUCAAUAGAAAGAACCAAGUUCAAAAUGUUGCGUCACAUUAGAAUGACACCGACGAUCAAUUCCGUACAAACUGAAGAAGGCAAUCAGAGCAAAUGUAGUAAAACCGUAUAUACGCUCUUGGAUUUCUUGAAUAGAUGGAUUUUAGAAUGGUGCCAUUCGAAACCUCGCCCAUUAGAUAACAACAAUUACAAAAAUAUAGCGUCGUUCUUAGACAAGUUUGAUAAGCUAACGAUAGCCCGUGGGAAUUUCGCUUGCGGGGAGCUGGAACGCGCAUUGCAAUAUUUGGAAUUGUAUAUGGAAGAAAACAAGGAUGGAAUGCAGGAACAACUACCGUUCUUAGCUGAAAUAUAUGCUCUUUUAGAUGAGCCCGACUCUGUAGCAGGUAUUCUGUCUAUGAAGAGGUCGGAGCCGUCGCUGAAGGAGUUGAUCCUGGCGCAGGUGGUGACGGGGCGGCUGCAGGACGCGGCGCUGUGCUACGAACGACUCGCGCAGGAGGGGCAGCUGGAUAAACAUAGUUUACAGGGCAUGAUAGACUGUUACCUCGGCCUCGAUCAACCGUUCACAGCGUACCGUUUGCUCAGCGAACAUGACAAUGAAGAUAUGAUGGAGUUGUCGGCGGAGCCUUUGUGGCGUUUGGGACGGUUUGAGCAGCUAGAAGAGCUUGUCAAAAAACCUGUGCCAUCGUGCAAAGAAAACUGGGGUUUACUAAUGGGACGAAUUUUAGUAUCGUAUCGUAAGAACGAUCACGACUCGUUCGUGACGUCAUGUAAGGACGCUACUACGAGACUGUUGGCGCAAAUGGACGGCGAGAGCAAGGGCGAAAGUGCCUUACGAAGCGGGUAUCAAAGUGUACUAGGAUUGCAUAUUAUAGCAGAGGCGGAACAUGCGGAAGAAGCUCUGAAUAAAUUGAAACGCUUAAAGGAUGGACAAGGGAUAGAAAUAAUAAAUCAGUUGCUAGACGAGUGGCGUCGGCGGCUCUCCGUAGUGCAGUCAGAUGUGAGGACCGUUGAACCUUUGUUAAGGCUUCGAAGGAUACUAUUGCAUCAAACCCAGGAAUUACUUAAACCAACUCACGAGAUAACGGCUAACGGAUUGAAGACAUGUAUUGGUGAUUUAUGGCUACAAAGUGCAAAGCAAGCUCGUAAAGCGGGUAUUUUUCAUCAGGCCUACAUGUACAUACUAAACGCGGAAGAGUAUCAUCCCGAGGAGUUGUUCAUAGAGAAAGCCAAGAUGUAUUGGGCGCGUGGACAACAUGAGCAAGCGUUCACGACAUUACGUCGAGGGCUAGACGACGCUUAUCCUACUGUAGAACGACUUACUAAUGAUCAGAGAAAAAUAUGCGCGAAAGCGAAACUAUUGAUCGCUAAAUACAACGAUGAGACAACAAAUGUGGAUGUCGAUGUUAAUAUAGGAUACUAUAAAGAAUCUGUUGAAGUUUUCAACCAGUGGGAGAAGAGUUUGGUGUGCCUCGGCGCGUACUACGAGAAAGUGAGCAGCGGCGACGCGGCCGCCUCCAGCAACGACAUGUGGUCGCGCCGCCUGCACGCGCUCAACAGCUACGGCAAGGCGCUGCAGUACGGGCACAAGUACCUCUACCAGAGCAUGCCCAGGAUGCUGUCCAUAUGGCUUGACGUAGAAGUGACAUCAUCUGAUACAAGCGUGCACACAGUGUUGGCUAAGAUGACAGAAAUCAUACAAACAUACUCGGAGAGACUGCCGCUCUAUCUCUAUUUAACGGCGUUCUCUCAGAUUGUAUCGAGGAUUUGUCACCCUGUGAAAGAGGUAUACCAACAACUGAAGGCGAUAAUCGUGAAGCUGAUCCUGGCGUACCCGCAGCACACGCUGUGGAUGAUGAUGUCGGUGAUGAAGUCGAGCUACCCGCAGCGCAUCCAGCGCUGCAGCAAGGCGCUCGCCGACCCGCGCCUGCAGCAGCCCGCCAUCUGCAAGCUCAUCCACCACUUCACCACGCUCGCGGAGAAGCUCAUCGAGCUGUGCAACAAGCCCAUCGCUGGGAACGCUUCUACCACCACAGUAUCUUCGUUAGUCAGGAGUCUGCCGCGUCUUCUAGAAAGUGACGACUUCAGUCACAUCAUGAUGCCAUUCCAAGAGUUCUGUAAGAUCGUGCUGCCGUCUAAAGCAGCGAGACAAGAGCGCUUUGACUUCAACAUUCCUACACAACCGCCGGUAUACAUCACCGGUAUCAAAGAACAUAUUAGCAUAUUACCAUCACUGCAAAAACCAAGAAAAGUCACGCUAACAGGAUCUGAUGGCAAGAUCUAUAUAAUAAUGCUGAAACCGCGCGACGAUCUACGCAAAGACUACCGCCUGAUGGAGUUCAACGGCGUCGUGAACCGAUUCCUCCAAGACGCGCCCGAGACGCGCCGGCGCAGACUCUACAUCCGCACCUACAGCGUGCUGCCGCUCAACGAGGAGUGCGGCCUCAUCGAGUGGGUGCCCAACCUCGUGGGACUGAGGCCCACGUUGAUGCACAUUUAUAAACAGAAAGGCAUUCAUACGACUAAUCGAGAGCUGAAAGAGCUAAUGUGCGCAAGCAAAGAUCCUGUGGAGAAAAAGAGACGGAUAUAUGAGGAUCAACUCCUGCCUCGACACCCUCCCGUGCUGCAGGAGUGGUUCCGACGAGUGUUCUCCGAUCCUUAUGGAUGGUAUCAAGCCAGAUCAGCGUAUAUUAGAACGGCAGCUGUUAUGUCAAUGGUUGGAUAUAUUUUGGGUUUAGGAGAUCGUCACGGUGAGAACAUAUCUUUUGACUCGACGAACGGGGACACCGUGCAUGUGGACUUCAAUUGUUUGUUCAAUAGAGGGGAGGCGUUUGAAUGGCCUGAAAGGGUCCCGUUCCGUUUGACGCAUAAUAUGCAGGCGGCGAUGGGGCCGCUCAAACACGAGGGGAUGUACAGGAAAAGCUGCGAGGCGGUGAUGCGCGUGCUGCGGUCGCAGACGGCGGCGCUGAUGUCGGUGGUGGGUCCGUUCGUGUACGACCCGCUGUCGUGGGGCCGCGCGCGCGCGCGCGCCGCGCCGCCGCCCGAGCGCACCAACGAGCAGGCGCUGCUGCACCUCGCGCACAUCCGACAGCGCCUCAACGGGAUGGUAUGUGGCGUCGUUGUAUAGCGUGCGCGGUCGCAGACGGCGGCGCUGAUG